AUGGUUGAGGAAGUUAAACGUCAGAUGGGACGAUUUGAAAACUUAAUUGGAUUUGAAGGAAAAUCAGAUGUCGGAUCGAAGUCUUUUAUACAGGAACUGAUCAGAUCUUUGAGUGAAAAGUACAAGAAAGAUGUGCAUAGUAGUAUAAGGUUACAUCAACUGGAAUUUUUUUAUGACUUGAUCGAGAAUUCUCGUCGCAAGCAACAAAAAGCGCUGGUCGAGGAAGAGGAUGAUUUCCAACCGGAACGAAAAAGAGCAGCAGCUGAAGCCGACGAAGAAGCCCCUGAAGUUGAAAAGAAAGUCGAAGAAAAAAAGCCAGAUGAUAUUGUAUCAGUGGAUGCAAAAGAUAUAGACGACUGGAAAGAUUUAAUGACAUUAUCAAAGAUAUACUAUGUACUAGAGCAUCCGAAAUCACAAGGUUUAACUUGGAAACGGAGAAUCACCAAAAAGAAAAGCAUAACUAAGUUCACCGACAGAGAUUUAAUAGAAUGGCGAGUAGCUCAACAUUUCCGUUUGAGGGGUCUGGAAGAAUGGGCUCAGAGUCGCAGUGACGCCCGUCAGAUGGCGCAAGAAUCACCAUAUGAUUUUGAUGGCAUCGAUGAAGAAUCAGAAACAAAAGAAAUCGAGGACAUGUUCAACAUUUUCGCCACCACUAAAAAAAAGAAACCGAAAAUUACAACGAAAAAGCAAGAGAAGACAAUAAAAACGUCAAGGCCGUUCAAGUUUACAGAUGAAACCAUUGAAGAUUGGACAGAAAGUUACUCUGAUGACAGUGAUGAUAUGGAGACAUUGGAAGCUGCAGAAGAAAUUAUAGAAGGUCCUGAUGGAGAACCAAAGGAUGAUAAGUUAGAAGAACAAGAAUCAUCUUUUGAUGAGGAAGAGUGCAUUUCUGAAAUAUUUAGUAAUUAUCAGAAAAUAGAAAAAUAUAGACAGCCAAUUUUCGAUGAAAUGGAUCGAGCUGAGGUAACUAUCAAAAAACCAUUACAUCUUAGUACUUUAAUACAUUUUAAACAGUUUUAUCUUGUUUCCCAAAAAUUCAAAGAAAAAAAAAUUACUUUUUAGUCGCUUGAAAAAUGGUACAAGUUGUUCUAUGAAGCUACUAAGGAUACAGUUGAUGUUACUGAAACCGAAGAAAUGAAGUCUCCAACGGUAACUGAAAAAAAAGUACCAUUGAAAGAAGCGAAAGCAAAAUUAACAGAGCUACCCGCUAUAAAAGAGUAUGGUUCCGAAAUCAAGGAUACUCUACCCGAAAAAAUGGAAACUACCAUAGAUGAAUUGCCCAAAGAAGAAAUCACUGACGUGAUUUCUGAAAGUACAGAACAACCGGAGCCUGAAACUUCAACAGGCAAAACAAUUGAUCACCAAGAAUCAGAUACCACAGCCAGAACAGCAGCAAAUGUGGAAGGAAAAGAAGAGACUACUAUUUCUGAAGACGAUGAACAUUUAGUUUCUGAGGACGUUUCCGAAGAAAAUGAUACAAAGCAAGAUAGCACAUUUGAUGAAAUAGAAAUAGAAGAAGAUAAAGAUUCUGAUGGUAAACUCACAGAUACUCCGCAUUCAGAUGACGAAAACUAAAAAAAAUUUAAAAGGCAGUCUUUUAUAGUUAUAGUCAUGAAAUUCAGCUUCACUCUUGAAAUUCGUUUAAAUGAAUCUUAGAUUUACGUAAAUGAUUUUACAUCAAACUUGUGUUCAUUAAAACCAUUUAUAUAAAAGUUAUGUUCAUGAAAUUGAGAAUCACUGAAAAAAUUAUUUACAUGAAGCUACACAAAAUUAUGAAGAAAAAACCUACCAUGAAACUAAAAAAUAAGAUAAAUACAUAAAAGAGGAUUAAAAAAAAUUUGAAUUGUAUGAAGAGGAUUCCAUUUUAAAAUGAAAAUAAAUGCGACUUUGGUAUACAAUAGAAUCUUGUUUUCAGAAUCAGAAAAAAGAGAUCAAUGACCA